AUGGGGUACAACUUGUCUUAUGGAAAGCUGCCAGAGGAUCUCCUGAGCCAAGACAACAGCACCUCAGCCAACUCCACCGCAGGCUCUCCCGGGAACUCCACACACAACGAAUUCACCACCAUCGUCCUGCCCGUGCUUUACCUCAUCAUUUUCCUGGCGAGCCUCUUGCUGAACGGCCUGGCAGUCUGGAUAUUCUUCCACAUCAGAAAUAAAACAAGUUUCAUAUUUUACCUCAAAAACAUCGUGGUCGCAGACCUCCUCAUGACACUGACCUUCCCGUUCAAGAUAAUCCAGGACUCGCAGCUGGGCCCGUGGCACUUCAACUCCUUCCUGUGCCGCUACACCACGGUGCUGUUCUACACAAACAUGUACACCACCAUCGUCUUCCUGGGGCUCAUCAGCAUCGACCGCUACCUGAAGGUAGUCAAGCCCUUCGGAGACUCCAGGAUGUACAGCAUCACCUUCACCAAGAUCCUGUCAGCCUGCGUUUGGGUGGUGAUGGCGUUCCUCGCUGUGCCCAACCUGAUCCUCACCAACGGCUACCCAACACAGAGGAACAUCGACGACUGCCUGAAGCUGAAGUCCCCCUUGGGAGUCAAGUGGCACACGGCUGUCAUCUACAUCAACACCUGCAUGUUCGUCGUGGUGCUGAUAGUACUGAUAGGAUGCUACAUUGCCAUAUCCAGGUACAUUUAUAAAUCGAGCAAACAAUUCAUUAGCUCAUCAAGCAGAAAGCGAAAGCACAACCAGAGUAUCCGGGUGGUUGUGGCUGUGUUCUUCACCUGCUUUCUCCCCUACCAUUUGUGCAGAAUACCCUUCACUUUUAGCCAUCUAGAUAAAAUUUUAGAUGACUCUGCACAUAAAAUCUUGUACUACUGCAAGGAAAUGACACUGUUCCUUUCUGCGUGCAAUGUCUGUCUGGAUCCAAUCAUCUACUUCUUCAUGUGUAGAUCAUUCUCACGAAGGCUGUUCAGAAAAUCAAAUAUGAGAACCAGGAGUGAGAGCAUUAGGUCACUUCAGAGUGUCAGAAGAUCCGAAGUGCGCAUCUACCAUGAAUACACUGAUGUCUGA